AUGUGGAGAGCAGCGCCGGUUCUGCGAUUUAAACUGGAGGUACCGACCGCGGACGCGGCCUGUUCUUUGGAUGAUAAUUUAAGGAAGAGUCUACCUCUUAGCCCUCCAGGUACCACGAAAUAUACAAGCUGUCCACUGGCCUUCUUUCCUCAGUGGAAGCUGAAACAUUAUGAUGUUAUUGUAGGUGUUUUGUCAGCUCGACACAAUCAUGAACUGCGCAGUGUUAUAAGGGGCACUUGGUUCAAGCACCUGAAACAACAUCCUGCAUUGAGCCAACGUGUCCUUGUGAAGUUUAUAAUAGGUGCGCAUGGUUGUGCUGUACCAGUGGAGGACAGAGAAGACCCCUACUCCUGCAAACUUCUGAACAUCAGUAACCCAGUUUUGAAUCAGGAAAUCGAAGCAUUCAGUCUCCCUGAGGACGUACCUUCUGUACUAUCUGAAGACAGAAUUGUCAGUGUGAACUUUCGUGUACUUUACCCUAUUGUCAUUACCAGUCUCGGGGUAUUUUAUGAAGCUGAUGGGGUUGGAUUCCAGAGGAACAUCACUGUAAAACUAUACCAGGCAGAACAUGAGGAAGCUCUCUUCAGUGCUCGCUUUAGUCCACCAAGCUGUGGAGUGCAAGUGAACAGAUUGUGGUACAAGCCAGUAGAGCAGUUCAUUUUGCCAGAGAGUUUUGAAGGUACCAUUGUGUGGGAAAGCCAGGAUCUUCAGGGCCUUCUUUCAAGAAACCUUCAUAAAGUGAUGGUGAAUGAUGGAGGGGGUGUUUUCAGAGUCAUUACAGCAGGGGAAGGGUUACUGCCACAUGAACUCACAGAAGGUGUGGAGGGAAUAGCAGGUGGUUUUAUCUACACUAUUCAAGAAGGUGAUGCUCUUUUAAAAAGCCUCCAUACUCGCCCAGAAAGGUUUACAAGUCACAUAAAAAAUCUUGAAAAAGAAGAUGCUUUAUUGAAGGAAGAAAGCAGUACCUAUGAUGAUAUUAUUUUUGUAGAUGUUAUUGACACUUAUAGAAAUGUUCCAGCCAAACUGCUGAACUUCUACCGAUGGACAGUUGAAUCAACGAGUUUUGAUUUGUUGCUGAAGACAGAUGAUGACUGUUACAUUGAUUUGGAGGCUGUUUUUAACAGGAUAAUGCAGAAAAAAUUGGACAGGCCAAACAUUUGGUGGGGAAAUUUCAGACUAAAUUGGGCAGUUGAUCGAACUGGGAAAUGGCAAGAGCUGGAGUACCCAAGUCCUGCAUAUCCAGCCUUUGCUUGUGGGUCUGGCUACGUCAUCUCCAAAGACAUUGUUCAGUGGCUGGCAAGCAACUCUGAAAGAUUAAAGACAUACCAGGGUGAAGAUGUGAGUAUGGGCAUCUGGAUGGCAGCUGUAGGACCUAAGCGAUAUCAAGAUAGUCUCUGGCUGUGUGAGAAGACAUGUGAGAGUGGCAUGCUGUCUUCCCCCCAGUAUUCUCCACAGGAACUGAGAGAACUCUGGAGAUUGAAGGAACUGUGUGGAGAUCCUUGUCGAUGUGAGGAAAGAUGAUGGACUUGCCUUGGAAAACAGGGUGGUGUAUAAUGAUUAUGGAAGAGUCCACAUUUGGAUUCAUUCUUGGAACAAUAAGGAAGAUUAAGGUAUCUUUUAAUGUUGGGUUUCAACUAAAGUAUAACAAUAUUUGCACAUCCCUUUUGAUAACUACAAGUGGACUGAUACUAUUAAUUUUCUAUAGUAUAGAUGUUGAUCUGACAAAAACCAAAAUGUUUAAGAUAAAAAAAUUCCUUUUCAUAUAAAAAGUCAAAGACCUACUUGUAAUUAAUAAAUGCACAUAAGAAUGCCAACUAGCCUGUCUUUUGUAAAUUAAAGUACUACUGAUUUAACUGGGUGUAGAGCUGUACCAGGAUCCAGUGGAGAGCUGUGCUAAGCGCCAAGGCCUCGGGUAAGUCUUGCUGCAG